AUGACAGGUUUAGAUUUCUGUUCAGUUGUUGAUAAUGCGUGGUACACAGUGCAAGAACUAGUAUUAGAUAAGGUUAAACAUACCCUGACAAUUAGAUUCACGGACUUAGCUAGUGAAGAAGAAGAAGUGUUCAACGGCGAAAAGAUCAAGACCGCGGAAGAAUUAGACGGGUUUUUGAAGAGGUUUCGUCCUGCUUGUGUACAACUACAGGAUGAUGAUUGUGGGCGUAUGGGACCUGGAUCGCAGGUGUGCGCGUUACUUAAAGGCAAACAAGAUGAGAAGUUCUACAACGGUCUUAUCUAUAUUGGUCUUAAGGUAGACCGUAAACCUCACAAACAAGAUGAUUGUUUUUGUAAAUUUAAGGUCCUUUGGACAGACGGUCCAAAGGUUGGGAGUUUUGAAACGAUGGGAAUGGAAAGAGUCUGCAGACGUAAAAAGGGGUCUCCUUUAUUUGAUCCCGCCCUCAGAAGUUUUGUGAGAUGUCACAAGCGCAUCUUGAUUCGUAAAUGA